AUGCUGCUUACUGUCUACUGUGUGCGGAGGGACCUCUCUGAGGCCACCUUCUCCCUGCAGGUCACCCCCGACUUUGAGCUCCACAAUUUCCGUGUCCUCUGUGAGCUCGAGUCUGGCAUCCCCGCAGAGGAGAUCCAGAUCGUCUACAUGGAGCGACUCCUCGCCGAGGACCACCGCUCGCUGGGCUCCUUUGGCCUCAAAGACGGUGAUGUGGUCAUUUUACUCCAGAAGGAGAACGUGGGGCCCCGGGCUCCGUGUCAGACAUCCAGCCUGCCUCAGAUCAAUUUCACCGGGAUAGCCAUGCCCGGGACGUCCAGCUCCCGGCAGCAGCACCAGCACCAGCACCAGCGCAUACAGUCAACCCAGCAGUCCCACCACCUGGACUCUGGAGAGAAGACCACCUCCACUCAAGGGCUGGACAGCCCCGCCCUGAUCCGAAGCAUGCUGCUCUCCAACCCCCACGAUCUGUCCCUGCUGAAGGAACGCAAUCCUGCCUUGGCUGAAGCCCUGCUCAGGGGAAACCUGGACACCUUUUCUCAGGUCCUGAUGGAGCAGCAAAGGGAAAGGGCCCUGAGAGAGCAAGAGAGACUUCGCCUCUAUUCUGCUGACCCAUUUGAUUUGGAAGCUCAGGCCAAAAUAGAGGAAGAGAUCCGGCAGCAGAACAUUGAGGAGAACAUGAACAUAGCGAUGGAAGAGGCUCCAGAGAGUUUCGGACAAGUGGCCAUGCUCUACAUCAACUGCAAAGUGAACGGACAUCCUUUGAAGGCUUUUGUUGACUCAGGUGCCCAGAUGACCAUUAUGAGCCAAGCUUGUGCCGCGAGAUGUAAUAUCAUACGGCUGGUGGACCGACGAUGGGCAGGGAUCGCUAAAGGUGUGGGCACGCAGAGAAUUAUUGGCCGAGUUCACCUAGCUCAGAUUCAAAUCGAAGGUGAUUUCUUACAAUGCUCUUUCUCUAUACUUGAGGAACAGCCCAUGGACAUGCUUCUCGGGCUAGAUAUGCUCAGGAGACACCAAUGUUCCAUUGACCUGAAGAAAAACGUGCUGGUGAUUGGCACGACUGGCACGCAGACUUCCUUUCUUCCUGAGGGAGAGUUACCUCCAUGUGCUAAGUUGCUAAGUGGAACUGAGCAAGAUGAGUCUUCAGGCAAGGAAAUAGCAGAUACUAUUAAACAUUCAGUCAUGGAUUCAGGACGAAAAAAGCAUUGA